GUUAAUUCGUGCAUUUCACUUCCCUCGAAACGCUUUUCCGAAGCGAAAUGCAGUCUAUCAAAACUUGCUCCAUCCCGACCACUCCGAUCGAUUCGGACGAAUCGAUCGUGAUAGCCGGAAUCGCUGGCAAGUAUCCGCGUUCCGAUAGCGUCCAUCACUUUGCGGAAAAUCUCUUCAACAAGGUGGAUUUGGUGGACGAUAAGGAAGAUCGCUGGAGACACCUGUACGCCGGCAUACCGAAGCGGUUGGGAAAGCUGAACAACCUCGGUAAGUUUGAUGCCGAGUUCUUCGACAGUGGUUUCCAGGAGUCACACUCCAUGGAUCCACAGCAGCGCUUGCUACUGGAGCAUUGCUUUGAAGCGGUGCUGGACGCUGGUCUUCAUCCGGACGAUAUCAGGGGCUCACGGACCGGUGUGUUCGUCGGCGUGUCCAUAGCCGAGACAGAGAUUUACUGGACGUAUAAGAAAACGAAAAGCCCUUACAAAAAGGCUGUCCUCGGCUCUGCUCGCAGCAUGUACGCAGCGAAAAUUGCGCACAUACUGGACCUGAAAGGGCCCACAAUGGCGGUCGAUACGGCGUGCAGUAGCUCGCUGUAUGCUUUGGAUUGGGCGUGCAAGGCCAUACGGAAUGGGCAGUGCGAUUCUGCCAUCGUUGCCGGUACCAAUCUCACGCUGCAUCCGUACAUUACGCUACAGUUUGCUCUGCUCGGAGUCCUAGCAGCGGAUGGGUAUUGUAGACCGUUCGAUAAAUGUGCAUCCGGUUAUUCGCGCUCCGAAGCGAACGCCGUCAUUUUGUUGCAGAAGGCCAAGGAUGCUAAGCGUAUCUACGCGCACGUCGUCAACACCAAAACGAACUGUGAUGGUUACAAGCUCGAAGGAAUUACCUUCCCUUCCAACAAAGUCCAAAAGCAGCUGUUGGAUGAGUUGUACGCUGAGGUGCCGUACGAUCCCAAGGAUAUCUGCUACGUUGAGGCGCACAGCACUGGAACCGUGGUGGGGGAUCCGGAAGAGUGUGAUGCUAUCGAGAAAGUGUUUUGUCCGGAUCGUACCGAACCGCUGUUGGUGGGAUCGGUCAAAUCGAACAUCGGACACUCGGAGGCAGCCGCAGGGAUCUGCUCGCUGACAAAGUGCAUCAUUGCCAUGCAAACGAAUGUUAUUCCACCGAACAUUAACUACACCGAACCUCGGACGGAUGUUCCAUCGCUACUCAACGGGAAGCUGAAGGUGGUCGAUAAACCAACACCACUCACUGGGCCACUGGUAGCGGUCAAUUCUUUUGGAUUCGGCGGUGCCAACGCACAUGCUCUGCUGCACAAUAACGUCAAGCAGAAGCUCAACGAUGGUUCUACCGAUGGCCUACCUCGGCUGAUUUUGUGGAGUGGCCGAACGGUGGAGGCUGUCAAUCUGUUUAUUCAGGACCUCGUGGGGCAACGGUUCGACGCCGAGUACUACGCCCUGACGUACAACAUCCAGAGGAAACCGAUUGCUAAAAUGCACUCCAGAGGUUUUGCCAUUUUGAAUGGAAACUCCGAUGGCAUCGCGCAACUUCUACUCCGUGGACCGACCGUCAGUGUUCCCAAGAAAUAUGUUAAACCACCGCUAACGUUGGUUCUUGGUGAACUGGCUCAAAAUUGGCAAAUCUAUGCAGAAUCUUUCGUAGCUUUUCCCAAAUUCGCAGACGUUGUAACGGAGUGCCUGCAUGCCAUUCAGGAAUGCGGGUUCGAUGCGUUUGAUGAAACCAAGCGGAGCAACGAUCCCAUUCAGCAAAUACUCUGGACGUUCAUCAUUCAAAUUGGAGUGUGCCGUAUGCUGCAGCAAAUGGAUUUGACCUUUGAUCGGUACGCCGGUUACUCGGUUGGUCAGAUUUCAUGUGCCUAUCUCACGGGUGCCCUCCCACUGCACGAUGCCCUGCGAGUGGCCUACGCUCAAGGGUACAUCAUUCGAGCGCAUCAAACCGAUGAAACCAUCAACUACGAUCAAGUUGCAACGAACAAAGUGCUAAACAGCAAGUUGAUGAAAGUGCUUAAACCGUUGCGCGUGAAGGCACCAUCACCCAACUGGAUCAAUCCGUGCCAGUUGCAAUCCUUCGAGAUGUUCGGUAGCAGCGUUCGGACAAACUUAAAUGAAAUGCUUGUUAAUCAACCAGCCACUCUGGAACCGCUGAAGGACACUUACACCUCACGUAAGGAUGUCAUAGAAGGAUUCCUCUCCACACUUGGCGACGUUUUCCUGAAAGGUCAUCAUCUCAACCUUCUUAACCUGUACCCGGCAGUGCAGUUUCCGGUAUCUCACGGAACGGCUCUCAUCUCCCCACGUAUACGCUGGGACCACGGAGAUGAUUGGCAUGUGCCCAAUUUCCGUAUGACACGUAUGGUAGACCAAGUGUCUUCCGAGUACACCGUUUCAUUGGUAGAACAGGACUUCAUUGCUGGGCACUGCAUCGACGGUAGAGUGCUCAUUCCGGCCACUGGUUAUCUCUUUUACGUCUGGGAUUCAUUCUCCGGCACGAUGGGAAUUAUUCCAGAGGAGAUGCCGGUUGAGUUUACCGAUAUCGAGUUUCUGCGCGCCACGACACUGACUGGAGAUCAGCAAGUAACCCUGGAUGUGGAUUUAAACCAUGCAACGGGUAAUUUUGAAGUACGUGAAGGUUCUGCGCUGGUAGUCAAGGGGCGCAUUCAAGCCCUCACGAAUUAUACUCCCCGGCAAAACAUACCAGAACGCAAAACAGAUAAAGUCGUGCUGGCGAUGAAAGAUUUCUACAAGGAGCUUCGCCUUCGGGGCUAUCACUAUGGUGGCUUUUUCAAAUCCGUCAUCGAGGCCGCAUCAGACGGUUCGUACGCGAAGGUGGAAUGGAAGUACAACUGGACGGCAUUACUGGAUUGCAUACUGCAAGUUUCGAUUAUUGCGGCGGACUCACGAUCCCUCGUCAUACCGACACGCAUCGAUUCCAUUAAGAUCGAUCCCAUUCAACACAAGGCAGCGGAUCAGAGCAAAGAAUCGGAGGUACCAACUUACAACGUGAGCUUUGACCGAGAUCUCAACCUGAUCCAAUGUGGGGCCAUCGAGAUCCGAGGCCUUAAUGCAAGCACCAUUGCACGUCGGCUGCCUCCGGGGCUACCGGUCCUGGAGAGCUACAAGUUCCUACCGUACCACCCACAAGAGACGCUUGAACUUGCUGAUGCCGCUUCCGUCAUCGUCCAAACCAUACUUGAGAAUCAGGGAACGUUGCUCUUCACUGUUUCGGAGGUCCAUUCCGUGUCCCGUGCUCCAAUCAUCACUCAAUUCGGAACAGCGAUUGGAGAUCUACCACUCGUAAAGGCCCAUUUGACGCUUCUCUCCAACUCCAAGCCCGAACCAAUCCCAAAUGUUACCAUCUCUGAAGAUAAGCUCAUGAAACAACGAAACGUUCUGCUGCUGAUCUGUGAAAACCUUUUCGCCGACGAUGAGUUCAUCUCUGAUGCUAUCAACUGCUUGUCGGACCAGGGUUUCAUACUUCUGCGCGAAUCACUCGGCUACACCAUCAAAGAGGGACAUCGACGACUCCAACUGGUCAGCACAAUCAAUCUGGAAGACGAAACGUUUUUCCUACUGCAACAGAAAAAGUCUGCCAUGAAUGCUUCCGUCGAUGCGCAUGCCAUCAAGGUUUCGAUGGAAGACACAACUAUUCCAUGGUUGCUGGAACUCAAGCAAGAGGUAAAGUCGAAGCCAGUCAUUCUGUACGCUCAGAACGAUGCGUCUUCUGGAAUCAUUGGGCUCGUAAACUGCCUUCGCAAGGAACCCAACAUUCAAACCGUCACAUGCUUCUUUAUCGACGAUCCCAGCGCCCCUUCAUUUGAUCCUGCCAUUCCAUUCUACAAGGAUCAAAUCGACCUCGGGCUUGCAAUCAACGUGUAUCGCAACGGUCAGUGGGGUAUGUAUCGGCACUUUAAGCUGCUGGAAUCGAUGCGCUAUGAGCCUACGGCUGGUCACUGUUAUGCUGGCAGCCUCAAAUCUGGCGAUCUGUCGUCUUUAUCUUGGAUGCUUGGUCCGAUUUCUGAACGACCACCCACCAGUCCGUUGAUCAGAGUGGCAUACAGUUCGUUAAACUUCAAGGAUGUGAUGAUAGCUACCGGUCGUCUGUCUAUCGAAACAUUUGGCACGUCCCGACUGGAGCAGGAUUACAGUUUGGGUUUCGAGUACUCAGGAGUAACUCCAGCGGGAAAGCGAGUCAUGGGCAUCUGCGCAUUAGGAAGUUUGUCCACACUGGUCGAGGCAGAUCCGCUGUUUACGCUUGAUGUGCCUGAUGAAAUUACCUUAGAGCAGGCCGCAAGCAUUCCUACUGUCUACGCGACGGUAUACUCGGCAUUCUUUAUCUGCUCGCACAUCCGGAAAGGUAAUUCCAUUCUGAUUCACGCUGGAACGGGUGGCAUUGGGAUUGCCGCUAUUCGGGUGUGCCUAGCCUAUGGUCUAGAGGUCUUUACCACCGUCAGCACCAAGGAAAAACGGGAGUUUCUACUCAGCUAUUUCCCCGACCUGAAGGCCGAAAACAUUGGAAACUCUCGAGACACUACCUUCGAAAAUCUCAUCAAACUUCGCACCAACGGCCGCGGAGUAGAUUUCGUGCUAAACUCUCUAUCAGAAGAGAAGCUUCAAGCGUCUGUCCGGUGUCUAGCCCGGGGGGGACACUUCCUGGAAAUCGGUAAAUACGACAUGAUGAAGGACUCCAAGCUAGCAAUGGCACUCUUCCAAAAAGGAAUCUCUUUCACCGCCGUACUGGUAGACCUCAUGUUCAAGGAGAAACGAGAGCUCAUGGCAAACCUUAGAAAGCUCAUUAUGAACGAUAUUGGCCGCGGUAUAGUGCUUCCUCUUCCGACUACCGCGUUUCAGGCUCAUGAAAUCGAACAAGCCUUCCGCUACCUGGCUACAGCCAAACAUAUCGGCAAAGUGGUUAUCAAAAUACGUGACAACGAAAAUGAUCUCACUUCGGUACCGAUUACCUACAGUCCCCGAGUAUAUUGCCAUCCGGAACAGAGUUUCGUUAUUGCCGGUGGGCUGGGUGGAUUUGGACUCGAGUUGGCCGAUUGGCUAAUCAUUCGAGGAUGUCGUAAGCUGUUGCUUAGCUCUAGCAGAGGAAUCUCUAAGCCCUAUCAGCAGUAUCGCAUCAGACUGUGGGAAAGCUACGGUGUUCAGGUUCGCAUAUCCACCGAAGACAUCUCAACCUUACAAGGAUGCCGGCGACUCAUACAGCAAGCCAACGACAUGGGACCAGUGGCAGGAAUCUACAAUUUGGCGGUCCAGCUCCGUGAUGCAAUUGUGGAGAACCAAUCGGUUGACAAAUUUGUGGAAUGUCUCGCACCGAAGGCCGAUGCUACGAACCAUUUGGAUGUAAUCAGUCGUGAGUUGUGUCCUAUGUUGAAGCACUUUGUAGUUUUCUCCAGCGUCUCUUGCGGACGCGGUAAUGCUGGCCAGUCCAACUACGGGAUGGCUAAUUCUAUAAUGGAACGCAUCAUCGAGCGCCGCGUUGCGGACGGACUCCCCGGUAAAGCUAUCCAAUGGGGUGCCAUUGGUGAGGUUGGCAUCGUUGCCGACAUGCAGGAGGAUAGAAUUGAUAUGGAGAUCGGUGGCACGCUGCAGCAGAGACUCUCUUCCUGCAUACAGGUGCUUGAUCAGCUGCUGACUUCGAACGAACCCAUCGUUGCCAGUAUGGUGGUUGCCGAGAAGCGCAGCUCUAGCGGCGGUGCCAAGAACAUCAUCGAAGCGGUUAUGAACAUCAUGAACAUUCGUGACAUGAAGUCGGUUUCCGUUGAAAGUACCCUUGCUGAUAUCGGUAUGGAUUCGCUCAUGGCCGUCGAGAUCAGACAGGUGUUGGAGCGUGAUUUUGACAUCAUUCUUACGCCACAAGACCUUCGUACGCUCACCUUCUCCAAGCUGCAAAAGCUGGCCGAUGCUAAGGCGGAAAACGAAGCCCAAGAAUCGGUUGUCAAGCAGCUGGAGCUGGAGGAUUUACUGGCCAGCUUCGGUGAUGAAGCUGCCAGCCAUCAAACGAUUCUGCGUCUACCAUCCAAAUCGAACGAUGACGAUUACGAUCUGGCUGUUCUGAUCAUUCCCGGCAUCGAGAGUGUCUGCAGCCCAGUGUGGAUGAAAAUUGCAUCCCAAAUCAACGCCCCUACCUUCAUGCUGCAAACCUUUGCUAAGGGCAGCGAUGAGCAAACCAUUCCUGGCAUCGUGGAUUCCGUAUUUGACGAAAUGUUCCAGACAGUGUUUGCCAAAGCGCAACAGUUUCUGGUCAUCGGAUACUCGUUCGGUUCGCUAUUGGCUCUCGAGAUCGUGAAACGACUUGAGGGUCGAUCUCUGCGUGGUAAGCUGAUGAUGAUCGAUGGUUCCCCGGUGUACUUGCAGCGCUUUGCCGGCACCCAUUUGGUCGGUGCAGACGAUGAACAUCUGCAAAUGGCCAUCCUAACGCUUGUGCUUUCAUUUGCGCUGCCCAGGGACUCCUCCGAUGCAGUCAAGCUUAUUAUGGCAGAAACAACUUAUGAUAAUCGGGUUAGUAAAAUGUUGGAGCUGGGUCGCAAUGAAAACUCCUUCUCAGAUGAUUACAUUCGCAAGAUGAUGCGCGCUCUGUUCUAUCGGCUCAAGGCAGCUAUGAACAUGAGCGGCGAGGCAAAGGAAAAACUGCAAUCGCAAAUGGUGCUGGUACGUUCCACUGUCAUUAAUGAUAUUGAGGAAGACUACGGUUUGAGUGAUUUCACUCAGUCUUCUCUCAUAGUAAAAGUUAUUGAUGGAACCCAUCAAACUAUGCUCUCAAACGCGGAACUUAUAGAAAUCAUCAACAAGGAUACUCUAGAAGUGUUCAAAACGGUUUGAUAAUGUUUGAUGUCACUCUACAUCUAGUUAUUUCAUAGUUAUGCAUUCCUAUUAUGUGAAACAAUAAAUAUGUUUUUUAAUUUAAA